UGUAACAUGAUUUUGUAUUUUUGAAUGAACAAYCCACGUUUUUUAUCAUUUAAGAUUUAACAAUUGUCGAUUUAUCCACUUUUUGAAAAUUCUACAACCCGUUCCAAGUUUGAUUUGUACGCUUUAUUAAUUAUACUACCAAUUCACCAAUCACCAGUGUUAUAAUGGUGGUAGUUGACUACUCAAGUCACGACCGCAUCCGUCGUAAUAACUACAACCAGAAUGAUGAUACAAGUCAACAGCUAGAUCAUGAUGCCAUUGUCGAUAUCGGUAUAGCAAACUUUUGUCCUCGACUGCGUCAAGCUAUUAGCGCUCUUUCACGUCAUACAGUUGGUCCAUUACAACAACGUGUGCAGUUAUCAGACUUUCAGAGUUCUACCUUAUCUUCUUUACCAACAGAAGAUUUGAGUUCAAAUGCACAGCUUCCUCGGAACGACAAGUUUGUCCUCGCAUUACCAUAUUUAUAUGAAGACAAUUUACCAUUAUCCAGACAUAAUUUUAUGGUACGGUGGUUAAUAAUAGCACAGUGUGGCCAUCCAGAUAAAGCACCCGAAGUUAUUUUACUAGAAACAGACUAUUCAUCCGUGAAUUCAGGAUAUGGUGAAACAUCAUCACGUAGGACACUACAACGCCCUCAACAACUGCAACGCCGUCAGUAUCAAACUAAUCAAAUUAUUCAAGAACGAUAUUGGCAACAAUAUGUGGCCAGUGAUGCAUUUUACAUUCAAUGUUUAACCAAAUGGGAUAAAAUAAUUAAUAACAGUUCAUUUAUAUUGCAAUACUGUUUGUUAGCAGAUCAAUUAUAUGAAUGUUAUGUUAAUUUUCAGCUUUACAAACUCAAAAUUUCAUUGAAAUCUACGCCAACAAUGUUGCAUCCACCUCCACAUCUGGUUCAAGCAUAUACUCAAUACAAACAACUAACUAAAUUAUCAAAACUAAACAUGGCAGAAGUAGGUAAUGUGACAAACGAUAUCAGUGUUGAGCUUUUUAUCGAUUUGGACAAUGGCAAUAAUUAUGAUGAUCGCCGUAAUCAAAUAACUUGGUCUGCUACAGUACGCAUGCGUUCUAUAAUCAGUUUGGUUUCAUCYAAACAAACAGCAUCAACAACUACUGAGGCUACUGACUGUGCGGAUAACACCAAAAUAUUUUCACAAUUGGCUUCAGUAACUGGAAUCUUUCCCCCAACUGCUAAUAAAAAUGCCACCAAACCAGGUGAUGCCAAAGUYCCUUUAAAUGAAAAGUUUGUAGUAAGAAUUCUAAGUUCGAAAUUAUGCCGUACYACACCACAAGGAGGCAUGAUGGMAAUUAUGUUAAAUGCCAUAACAGGUCGAUGUUUUGACACGGCAAUGAUAGAUUAUGUUACAUAUGUACGCCGAGUGCAACAAGCCGCAGUUCAAGCUUAUAAUUAUGACCCCAGCAAUAGUCAAGAAGAUAAACAAACAUCUGAUGCUGAUGAUAACAAUUCAAUUAAAUUACUUCUUGAAGCACUUCACGAAGUGUUUUGUGAUUAUCCUUCGAAUGGUAAUUGCCUAUUAGAUUAUCAAAUAAACAAUAAUGAAACAUCUUCUAAGGAUACCACAAGUUAUUUUCGUUUUUUGUUGAUUGAUGAUGAAAUGGUCACUGAAAAUACACAACUUAAAUACAUUCUAACUAUCGAGUAUAACAAGGAAAUCUCUGAAAAAUUACAAACUUCAGCAGAUUUGGAAAAUACUAAUCAAUCUAUGGUUACAAAAUCAGUUCCUGUUGUAGCAUUGCGUUCUGUUUAUGAUGAUGAAAACGUUGAUAAUUACUUGAAUAUUGAUAUUGAUGACUUAAUUAAAACAGAUAACCUUGUGAAAUAUUAUAGUGAGUUGGCCAACAUUAUUAAAAUUACAACUAAAAAUGGCAUGCGGAAAUUACGUAARGAUGUGUUAACACCAGUGUUGACUCGAUAUAAUAAACAAUGGGCCCCUACUGAUCCAUAUUUUGUAGCUUCGUCAAGCACCCCACCUCCUUAUCCGGCAAUGCUAUAAAAUUUAAUUUAAUAAAUUUAUAAAUACUAUUUAUAAAAAUUAUGAAAUUUUUUUUAAAAUUAAGUUUUGAAUACACUUUAAUGUGUUAAAAUCUAAUUAAGUACAAAUUGCAUUYUGUGCUAAGAUAAUACUAUGGAUUUUUUGUUUUUUGAUGUAAUAUCAUGAGAUUAUAUUAAAUUUGUCCAGUAUUUGUUUAUGAAUAUAUACAAGACUACAGAAAAACUACCCUUUUAUUAUGCAA